GAAAGAAGACGGGAAUGCUAGGCCCCGUGAAAUUCCUCAGCAAAAUUAAUGGUUACAGGAGAUUCAGAUACAGUCCCACGGUUGAGGGCGGACAUCGUAUGUCCCCGACAUUCGUGCCUUUUGACACACCGAACGAGGAUCUCCCAGGCAUUGCAAGGAGUGAGAGACAGAGGAGGCCACAUGAUUUUCCAGUGCAACAGACGUCAGCCAGUGGAAGCCGGUGCCGCCACAAACAGAGCCAGUCGCAUCACCCGCCUAACGAAAUGGCAUGUGAUCCUCAUGUGGGUUCCUCCAUCCGGAAGGUCGGUGAUGGACCGUCUCGCCCAUCGAGCCGGCAUGACGAAGACACCCGUGUGAUCACGUACAAAAGGAAGGCCCCCGCAACUCCUACGUCUUCCAGUCGUCAGAAGGACAAUGCUGGUGCGUCCUGGAGGGCGAUGCUGCAGGAGAUAGGCGAAGGAUCGGAAGAGGAAAUGGAGGAUGAUCCUAGGAUCUUCGCUGCUCGAUAUCCGGAGGGUAAUCAUGCGGUCGAUGAUGAGGAAUGUGGCGCCGACAAGGACGACCAGGGUUAUGAGGACGACGAGGGUGAGGAAUGUAUGUAGGACUGCGAAGGUGGGGAGUCCCGACCGUGCAAUGAGGAUGACGACUGGGGCGAUGGAGAAUACGAUGACUCUUAUCCUGUCGU